GCGCACCGAUCUUUCCGAUCCUGCCUUUGGAGCAGCUGGAUUGCCAGCCUUGGCUGCUCCAUCGGCCUGCCGCCCCUUACCUGCGAUUGCAUAUGAACUUUUCUUCCUUCUUGCACACCGUUGUCGUCGGAGUCGUCGAGAUCGUCGUGGCGCUCGCGUGAUGGCCUUCGUCCGUUUAGAGUAGUGUAGUUAGUUAGGGGCCAUCGAAGAAGAAAGAAGACGCGAAUAGUGCAGAGAUGCUGGAGGUGGUCAGUUACUAAGCUAGAGUAAGAUAGUGGAGCAAGACCAGCCAAACCUGUCCGGGGGCGCACGGUCGCCCAGAGGAGGUCGACUCGCCGGUGCUUUCUAUCGCGCCGAGCUCCCUCCCUCCGCCGAGGCGCGAGAUUGCGGCGCGCAGCGCAGCGCACUGACUGCCGCGGGCUCCGCUGGGCGAUUGCAGCCGAGUCCGUUUCUCGUCUAGCUGCCGCCGCGGCGACCGUUGCCUUGUCUUCCUCCCGGACGCUUGUGGGAUAUCAUCCAAUAUCCAUGAGCAUCUAUAGGCCAGCCUUCACCGUCCUUCAAAAAUAAUUAAAGGAUGGAAUUAUGAAUCCAAUCUGUUAAAUUUUCUCUUCGCAAUUUUAAACUUUGGUUGCUUAACACCGAAGCAAUCAUGGUGAACCUGAGGAAAGCGGUGCAUUCGUUCCUCGUGCACCUAAUUGGCCUACUGGUUUGGCAAUGCGAUAUUUCUGUGAGCCCUGUUGCAGCUCUAGUAACUGACAUUUUCAAUACCUCCGAUGGUGGACGCUUCAAAUUCCCAGACGGGGUACAAAACUGGCCAGCACUUUCAAUCGUCAUCAUAAUAAUCUUGACAAUAGGUGGCAACAUUCUCGUUAUCAUGGCAGUAAGCUUGGAAAAGAAACUGCACAAUGCCACCAAUUACUUCUUAAUGUCCCUAGCCAUUGCUGAUAUGCUAGUGGGACUACUUGUCAUGCCACUCUCUCUGCUUGCAAUCCUUUAUGAUUAUGUCUGGCCACUACCUAGAUAUUUGUGCCCCGUCUGGAUUUCUUUGGAUGUUUUAUUUUCUACAGCGUCCAUCAUGCACCUCUGCGCUAUCUCGCUGGAUCGGUAUGUAGCAAUACGUAAUCCUAUUGAGCAUAGCCGUUUCAAUUCGCGGACUAAGGCCAUCAUGAAGAUUGCUAUUGUUUGGGCAAUUUCGAUAGGUGUGUCCGUUCCCAUCCCAGUGAUCGGACUGAGAGAUGAAGAGAAGGUGUUCGUCAACAACACCACGUGCGUACUGAAUGACCCAAAUUUUGUUCUCAUUGGGUCCUUCGUCGCUUUCUUCAUACCGUUGACGAUCAUGGUGAUAACGUAUUGCCUGACGAUCCACGUUCUUCACCGUCAAGCUCUGAUGUUACUGCAGGGCCACAUCGAGGAACCGCCUGGAAUAAGCCUGGACUUUCUAAAGUGCUGCAAGAGGAACACGGCCGAGGAAGAGAACUCUGCCAACCCUAACCAAGACACGAACCCACGCAGAAGAAAGAAGAAAGAGCGACGUCCGAGGGGCACCAUGCAAGCUAUCAACAACGAACGGAAAGCGUCGAAAGUCCUUGGCAUUGUUUUCUUUGUGUUUCUGGUUAUGUGGUGCCCGUUUUUCAUUACCAAUAUUCUGUCGGUUCUGUGUGGGAAGGCCUGUAACCAAAAGCUCAUGGAAAAGCUUCUGAAUGUGUUUGUUUGGAUUGGCUAUGUCUGUUCAGGAAUUAAUCCUCUGGUGUAUACGCUUUUCAACAAGAUUUACCGAAGGGCUUUCUCUAACUAUUUGCGCUGCAAUUAUAAGGCAGAAAAGAAGCCUCCCGUCAGACAGAUCCCGAGAGUCGCUGCUACUGCUUUAUCUGGGAGGGAGCUUAAUGUUAACAUUUACCGGCACACCAACGAGCCCGUGAUUAAGAAAGCUAACGACAACGAGCCCGGUAUAGAGAUGCAAGUGGAGAAUUUGGAGCUACCAGUAAAUCCCUCCAACGUGGUUAGUGAAAGGAUCAGCAGUGUGUAAUUAGGAGUGUGCAAGCAGCAGUCUUUUCCUAUGGUAAAGCUACAAAUGUAGG